CAAAACUCAACCGAAGACGGCAAAUUAAGAGCCACACAAACACACACUUCCUCAUCUUGGAUCUUUUUAUGUGUUGUUUGAAUUAGCAUCAUCAAUAUAGAGAGGAUUUUUUGUCGCUUUCUUUUAAACUUGAUCUUUUUUAAAUAAUUUAAUUUGGAGAGUGUUGUUUUGGAUUUUUACAAGACGAAAACAAGCAACAAUCCAAAAUUCUUUCAAUGCUACAAUCUGCAACGACACCAACAACACCAAACAAUUCUAAACAAACCUUUUUGAAGCCUCCAUUAUUGCAUACCACAGGAAGUGCUAGCAAAAUUGAACAACAAACUACAAAAGCCUUUUUAAAUACACAAACAACAUCAACCUUCAGAUCAGCAAGUUUUCCUGACUUAAAUACCAAUACAAUGAACGAUCAAAGGACUUCAACUCUCUAUCCAAUUCCUCUCUCCUGUUUGAUAAUAUAAAUGUGAAUGAUUUACUUUCAUCAACUCCAAUGCUACAGAAUAACAGCAAACCACAAACUAAUUCCCUAUCAUCAUCCGGUACCAGUACUCCAUUGCCAAAUUCUAGCUCUUCGAGUACACCUUCAUCUCAAACACCAAAUAUUUCAUCUCCUCCUUCAAUUGUAACAUCAUCAAAUAAUGCCAACGGAAUGAAAACACUGACACAAACAUCUUCAAAUCAAUCAACAAGUACUCCAGUCGGUGUGAAUACAAACAAUAUUGGAGCAAAUAUUACUUCUCCACAACAGGAGAUGAGACCUCCAUCUGCACAACUUACUCGAGCUUCAUCAUCAUUAUCUAUAUCAAAAGAUACUCCAACAAUUGGAACAGGUUUUUCUGUUGGUGCAGCAGCUGCUCUUUCACCUAGUCUGAGAAGAGAAUAUCCUACUGUUGCUGAUCAAUAUAAAUUAUUGGAACCAAUUGGUUUUGGAGCAAGUGGACCUGUCUAUGAAGCGAUUUGUAUUCCUUUCAAUGAACGUGUGGCUAUUAAAAAAUUGGAUCUGGAAAGAUUGGAAGAUAAUGUACUUCAAACAAUCACAAAGGAAAUUCAUACUAUGGUUACAAGUUUUCAUGAACAUAUUGUAAAUUAUUUGACUUCAUUUACACAUGAAACAGAAUUAUAUCUCGUUAUGGAACUUAUGGAAGCCGGAUCACUUUAUGAUAUUAUGAGAUACAAAUAUAACGAGGGUUUACCAUCCGAAGAAUUGAUAUCAGUCGUUUUAUAUCAAGUUUUGGAAGGUUUGGCUUAUUUCCAUGAGAAUGGCCAAAUUCACAGAGAUAUCAAGGCAUCAAAUAUUCUCAUUAAUGAAGAUGGUCUUGUGAGAAUUGGUGAUUUUGGAGUUAGUGCCAAUAUCAUUGAAAUGUCUGGAGAUAGAAGGAGUAAGAGACAAACCUUUGUUGGAUCUCCAUGUUGGAUGGCUCCUGAAGUGAUGGAACAAUUUCAUGGUUAUGAUUGCAAAGCUGAUAUUUGGUCAUUUGGUAUUACUGCCAUUGAGCUAGCCCAUGGAAAAGCUCCCUAUGAAGGUUUACCUCCAGUUAAAGUUAUGUACAUUGUGAUGGAACAAGAACCACCACAACUCGUAGAUACAGAAACAAGAAAAUUCUCUAAAAUAUUUAGAGAUAUGAUAUCAUUGUGUUUGCAAAAGGACCCUACCAAGAGACCACUUGCCUCACAACUCUUAAAACACAAGUUCUUUGCAAAGGCUGUCAAACAAAAAGAUCUUAUUAAGAAAGUGAUUCUAAAUGGACUUCCUGCUUUGGCUGAGAGAGCCAAACUCUUGGCAGGCAUUAAGAAAUCAAACAGUCAAACCAAGAUUACAUUCACCAUGACACAACAAGAAUCUCCAACCUUUGUUUCCAUGCAAGAUACCAUGUCAACAACUAUGAGCACAACUGUUCCAAUGGAAGAAAAUGAAAUUGCAAGCAGAUUUUCAACUGAUGAAGUUAACUCACCUUCAGUCGUAGAAGAAGUCCACCAAGAAAAGAAGGCUGUUAGUCGUUGGAAUUUCAUAGAUGAGCUCAAGAAGGAAGAGGAAACAGCCAGCAGCAAUACUACGAAGAAGGUUGAAAAGAAAGGUCGUUUUGAAGUUACUGAAACUGAUGAAGAUUCUGUAGAGAAAAUUACCAAUGAAUCACCAAGCAAUGAGCAAAUUGUGGAAUCUAAAAAAGUUAAAAAGAGAAACUUUGAAGUAAAAGAAGUAGAUGAGAUACCUGAAGAAGCUGUAACACCAAGCAGCACAGCUCCAAAGAAGAAGGUAUCCAUAUCCAGUGUUACCAAAGAAGUUUCUAUAUCAUCUCUUUCAAAUCAAUUGGCCAGUCUUCAAUCCCAACAGCAACUCAUAUUUAAUCUUUUGAAUGAAAAAGCAAAAACCAAUGACAAUAUGUCUCCUUUAGAUUUAAUCUCAAAAUUAGAACAAAAAGUUCAGGAUUUAAUGGAAGAAAAUCAAAGACUCAGACGAGAAAAUGAACAGUUAAGAAAUCAAAAGAAAUAAACAGAUUCUUUCUGU